GCUGGGGCAGAGACCCACGGGGGCGACGACAUCCACAAGGUGGAGCGACUGGUCUGCGAUUUUUCUGUCACCACAAACGCACUCGGACCUGUGCCCGGGGCACUUGACGCUGUGAGGCGACUCUUUGAAAACGGCGAUCACGCCAGUGCAGGCGUUUGGAGCAUGCCCUUUAAUAAGGGCGAUGCAAGGCAGUCUGGCAACCAGGCCGGCGAAUGUACAGGCAUCUCCGGCGAGGUAUCCUCUAAUGCAGCCAUCGAGCAUUACCCGAAACGGGCAGACGACGAGCUGGAGCUUCUGACGGCCGCAUUCCUGCGUGGCGACGCGAAUGCAGAGGUCACGCGCUCCCAGCUGAUCUUCGGCAACGGCGCCAGUGAGCUCAUAGAUUUGUUGGGCAGAGCUGCCCCACAAGGAAAGUACUGUCUCAAUCCCUUCACGGAAGUUCAGUACCGGGA